CUAUGCAAAUCACUGGGCUGAAACAUAAAUAGAGCACUCGGCGGACACGGGGGUAGCGGGGGUGGUGGGGUUGGGUGCCCGCUGGGUUGUGAGAAUGUCAGGCUGCUGUGACGCGGGGGGCGGGGCUCAGGCGGGGUUCCCGGGGGAGGGGGCGGGCCGCCCGGCGUGGCCUAGGGUGCAAGGGUCUCUGCGCCCCCUGCCUGCUCAACUUCCACCUCCAAUUCCCUGCCUCCCUUUGAUGUCCCGCAAACCAAGGCGGAGAAGAGCACCAGCUCCGCUGCUCCUCUUGUCUGCAGCGCGCUCAACCCCGAGCGAGUCUCAGCUUCCGCUCAGUCUCAGCUUCCAAGCUUGCCAAAGUGUCCGAAAACGCGCAGAGCGCUCGGAACCUGUCCCGCAGCUGUGCGACGCGCGUCUGGAGCUGGCCGCAGCUGCCCCGCCCUCACGCGCCUUCAGCCCCGCGGGCGGGGAUGCCGGCUCCGCCGCCGCUCUACCGGGACCCUGCUCCAGGCCCGGGCGUGCUCCGGUUCGAGGUGGAAGGCACACCCGGGGUAGUGGAUUUAGCAAACACACCUUUGUGAGUACACACGACACGGGCGCGCGCGCACACACCCUACAGGCGCGCGCGCACAGUCCAGCCGGCUGCAGACGGCGCGCCCCGGCCGUUCGGCGGCGGAUUGUGGCUGCGAGCGCACUCGGUGCGCCUUUGGGUCCACGGCCAGCCUCGGCCCCAGGCUGCGGGGAGCCCUGGCGCUCGGGACGCACGCCGGGCUCUCUGCCGCCCUGGCGGCGCCCGAAUGCCCCAUCCUCCCGGGACAAGGCUGCGUGGGGGCGGGCGGGAGGAGAGCGCAGCUUGAUGGGGCCGGGGCGCCGGUGAAGGCAAAGAAGCGAGUCCCCUGUGAACCAGGAACGCUGCAGACAUUGUUCUUCGUACUCUCCGGGGCUCGGUCGAAUGUGGGUCCAAAACACAGCCUUAAUUAUCACGUUAGAGACAUCCCUACUCUUUGCCUUGGCUAAUGUUUUUCCUGUAAACCAUGCCACUGAUACUGUCGCUAUUUUAGAAGAUAAACCGUAUCUCCUUUGACACGUUCGCAUCUUUUAAGGUUAUUGGCUGAUACCACAUGCCUGCCUUGUUGCCUGAAUUUAAAGAGAGAAGAGCGCUCCCGAGUUUUCAAGAAAAUCGCCCACUCAGGGCCGAGGCCCCGGAAACCUCGAGCUCCAGGUCUUGGCUCUUCCCCUC